AUGGAGGUUAUGAUGUUUCUCCAGAUAGUUUUGGCAGCCUUGUGGUUUUCGCAAAAUAUCUCGGCUGUGCCCAUCAACCGAGAGAAUUUCGGUCUUGAAUGCGAACGAGAAGUAUCAUCGAAGGGAGAUAACUACUAUGUGCUGACAGUGUUCAACAGCAAGAUCGACAUGCCUUGCCCACCUGGUACCGUGUACAACAAGCAUCUAUGUGACUGUGAUGACGCCCCUGCAGGUCAGCUCGUUAAUGAUGAUAAAACAACAACUACACGAUCGACUACAACAUCCCAGACAACACAACACACAUCUACUGUACCAGAGACAACAUCAACAUCCACACAACCAUUGAUGUCAAAUACAACAAAAUCUACAACGCCGAAAACAACAGCAAAGACAACAACGCUGAAAACAACAGCAAAGACAACAACGCCUAAAACAACAACAAAGACAAUAACGCCGAAAACAACAGCAAAGACAAUAACACCGAGAACAACAGCAAAGACAACAGAAACGACGCAAAUUACAAAAACAAAAGCAACGACACCAACAACUCAAACAACAACAAACGAACCGACAACAACGCCAACAGUUAAGAGUUCUAGUACAACUGUUGCAAUUCCCAACACCACCCCUACAACAACACCAACAACAACAACAACAAGAGCAAAAACACAAACUCCGACAUCGACAACUCAACAACCAACUACAACAACAAAGAUGACAACUGAGGUCAUGUCCACGACAGGAAGUGUAACAACCGUAUCUGUCCCCUCAACGACCGAAAGUACCACUCCAGCAUGUCGAUUCAAAGCUGACGGGAAUGGUUUCAUAGAGAAUGUUCCCAUGUUCGGGAAUAUCUACAGCGAGUGUGCCACUGGACUGGUCUUCAGUGCCCCCAGCUGUGGCUGUGUCAAAAAGGGAUCGAUUGUUGCUACAACUACGACGCCUGUCACUACAAAAACGAUUUGCCCGUACAGGAGACAAGGAACAGGGUUUAUGGAGGACGUCCCGGGGAUAGGCAAGGUGUGGCACAGCUGUGGAAAAGACGAACUCUUCAUGAACAGUGCAUGCCAGUGUGUUUCGAAAGGACUUGUGACAGGAACGGAACCAACAACUGCAGAAAUGUCCACGGCUACAGCGAGUUCAACCACCACCUCCUCCACCAGCCAAAGUACCACUGCAGAACCUGCCCGCUGUAAUAACCGAAUCAAAGAGGCGAAUGGUUACAAAGAAUACAACAACGUCAUCAUGGAUUGGGUGUUCUAUGAAUGCUCCCCCUCGUUGGUGUUCAGCCUCCGUCAAUGUGAUUGUGUUGAUCCCGGAACAAACCCCAUCCCCCCGUCUGGGCCACCUAAAGAUUGUACAAAUUUCGAGGUCAAAGGAACGGGAUAUAUCGAGCAUAUUGCUAAUGUUGGAGCCGUGUAUAACAACUGCCCACCGAACAUGCGGUUUAGCAUGACGGCAUGUGAUUGUACUGAUGCAGAUGGUAAGAGUCAUACAGGAGGCAGUACAAACACUAUCAGAAUAACAGACUCUGACAUAGUUGAUUGUGGGUUCGAGACUCAAGGCGACGGAUAUACAGAGAACAUUCCGGGGGUCGGAGAUGUAUAUUACACAUGUGUCACUAAUCACAGAUUUAUCAAAGGGCUAUGUCGUUGCAUAGACAAAAGUAUCACAAUCAUAGACGAAACGACAGACAACACAGUCCUCCAAACAUCUACAGUGAAUCCUGCUACAUCAGCCGCGGGGACAGCGACAGAAACUUCAAAAUCAUCUUCUACCACAUCUAGUCCAUCGACAACAGCGGGGCUGCGAUGUAAAGAUCGAAUCAAAUCUGGAAAUGGAUAUAUGGAGUAUUUCGAAUCCUUGAAUGAUUGGGUAUUCUUUGAGUGUUCUUCUGCACAGGAAUUUAACAUCGCUGAGUGUGAUUGUGUUACUUCAGGGGCAGAUCCUAGUACACAGGGUCCUAAAACAGACUGUACUUUUGAGGCAAGAGGAAAUGGAUACAUAGAAAACAUUCCUGGCAUUGGAGCUGUCUAUAGCGACUGUCCAUCUACACAGCUGUUUUAUACUUCGCUAUGUGCAUGUGCAGCAGCAGGUUCUGGCAAAAACCAUGACCUCAUCACUAUAACGGACCAAAAUCGAGUACAAAAUUGUGCGUUUGAAACACGUGGUAACGGGUUCGUUGAACAUGUCAUCGGAAUCGGCCUGGUAUAUCACGACUGUUCCAGAUCUGAACGGUUUGUUGCCAGUUUAUGCAAGUGUAUUGACAAAGACACUGUAAUAGUUGACAACACAUCCCCAAUGAAGACAACACAGCCGUCAACGACAUCUACAGCCGAAAGCACAACACCGGCAGCUGAUCCAGCUACCUCACCGCCAUCUACUGCCACAGUGACAACGCCAACCACUACAGGUCAUGAGGUAACCAAUAAAGAUUGCCUUUAUGAACAAGUACCUGGUCAGAAUCGUGAGUUCCGGGCGCCGAUGACGUGGAUGCCAGGACAAUACAUGUAUUUUUCAUGUAGCAUAGGCCAAGAAUUUGACAUUGUCGCGUGUUCUUGUGUUGAUGAGAAAGUUACGACCACACAGCCAACCAUCAACCCAGCAUGAUGAUUCCGUCCGGCAAGAGAGGAAAGCGUUCGUCGGAAAACAAUAUACGCAUUCAAAAAGCUCCUUUUUAAUUCAUAAUAUUUUGUGUAGUAUUACUUUCCUCUUUUGAUAUUAAAUAUUUCUA